GAACUCAGAACUGAACAACAGAAAUAGUUAACGUCAGAUUGAACCAGAAAUGGAAUUCACUUCAGUUUGAUCCACAGUGGGCUUGACGAACUGGUAGUAGCACCAUCUAUUUGUCCUCUAGGAAGAGAACUCGCCAUGGUUCUCCCCCUCGAUUUACAGGAAUUUAUUCUCCGUGCAAGAGUGUUGAAGCUGUACAGGCAGGCUCUAAGAACUGCUCAAAAAGCUCCUGUCCACGCUCGAGAGGAACUGAGGCAUACAAUCAGACAAGAAAUGGAGAACAACCGCGGCUGCAACGAGAGACAGAAAGUAAGGUUUCUGCUCAGUGAAGGAAUAGAGAGAUUGAAGCGUUUAGAGGAGAUGUUGGAUAUGCAGGGUAACUAAGAAAGAUUGUCAUCACCGGCAUUAUUCAGUAAUCUUUUCAAAUCUCUGUUACUUCAGUAUGAUAUUGAUACUCAAAGUUGAACAUUGUCUUGAUGAAAUGAUUGGAUUCUGAAAACAAUAAUUGAAUUCCUUGCAAAA